AUGGGCCGGGGGGCGGGGGUGGGGGGGCGGGCGAGGCCCGAGCAGCUGCAGGAGCUAUGGAGCCGGACGGAGAGGGCCGAGCAGAGGCUGCUGGCCUGCGAGAACCUGGUCGGGGAGCUGGGCAGCAACCUGGCCGCGCUGGGCAGCCUCCUGCAGGACUACGGGCACCUCCAGCAGCGGCUGGACAACGUGGAGAACCUGCUGAAGAACAGGAACUUCUGGAUCCUGCGGCUGCCCCCCGGCUCCCGGGGCGAGGUCCCCAAGGUACCGGUCACGUUCGAUGACAUUUCCGUGUACUUCAACGAGCAGGAGUGGGAGAGGCUGGACCGCUGGCAGAAGGAUCUGUACAGGGCUGUGAUGAGGGGGAACUACGAGAUGCUGAUCUCCCUGGACUAUGCCGUCUCCAAGCCUGACGUCCUCUCCUGGAUCGAGAGGGAUGAGGAGCUCUGCGCCAAAGACGGUCGGGAGCCCCCGCGGGCAGGAGCCGGAGCAGGUGAGGAGCCCCCGCCGCCAGCGGAGGAGCUGGACCAGAGGGAAGAGGCGCUGGGAGAAGACGAAGUCCCCAUGGAAGCUGACACAGACUAUGCUAUCUCCAAGCCUGACGUCCUGUCUCGGAUCGAGAAGGAUGAGGAGCUCUGUGCCAAAGACGGUCAGGAGCCCCCGCAGGCAGCUGCCAGAGCAGGUGAGGAGCCCCCACAAACAGGCGUCCGAGGCGGUCCGGAGUCCCCGCAGACACAGAGCGGAGACGGUCCCGAGUCCCUGCAGACAGGUGUCCCAGACAGUCCGGAGUCCCUGCAGAUACCAGAAGAGAUGGACCAGAAGGAAGAGGCUUUGGGAGAAGAUAAGGUCCCCGUGGAAGCUGACACAGAGCUCCCCAUCCUGGUGAUGAACGUCACGUCCCUGAGCGCGCGAAAAGAGGCGCUGCGCAGGAAGGAUCAGCCUGAGACAGAGAUGGGAGAGGAGCGGGCUGAGUCCAGCACUGAGGAAGGCGUCUUACUGGGAAAUGAAACGGCGUGUGAAGGGGCUCCUCCUCCUGACAAGGUCAAGGUGAAGGAAGAGGAACCCGAGGCACCGCAAGAGGUUUCUGCACCCUCCCCCGGCUCAGAGAUCCAGAAGUGCCCCAAAAGCGAGCAGGCCAAGGCCAAGAGCAAGAAGAAGCCGAGCAGGUGCACGAACAGCAGGCUGCUGAUGGGCAACUGCCGGCGCGGCUACGUGCGGGAGUGGUCGCACCCCUGCACCGAGUGCGGGAAGCGCUUCCGUCUGAAAAUCAACCUCAUCAUCCACCAGCGGAGCCACGCCAAAGAGGGGCCCUACGAAUGCACGAUGUGCGAGAUCAGCUUCACCGACAAAAGCCGCCUGGACCUUCACCAGAGCAUCCACAUCAAAGACAGGGCCUUUGGGGCCAAGGUCUGGGGGAACGUCCACCCGGAGCUGAGGAUCCGGCCGAGGAGGAAGUUCUGUGAGGUUUUCUGCGAAGGCGCCCACAGCCUGGGCAGCAGGACGUACGCUGGGGGGCCCUGGCUGGGCCAGGCCAAGGAGGAGGCGGAGAGGGCGAGACUGUCCAGCGCGUGUUUCUCCCGACAGCAGGAUCCCAAGGCUCGUAGGAAGCCUGUGCCGCAGUGCAAUCUGUGCAAAAAGAUUUUCUCUUGCUCCUCUUCCCUUCAGCGGCACCUGCGGACCCACUCGGGGGACAGGCCAUAUUGCUGCACCGCCUGCCAGAAAUGCUUCACCCGCAAAACUCACCUCUUGCGCCACGAGAAAAUACACGCCCGCCAGAAACGCCUGGCUGCGCUCCGCCAGCCCGCGGAGUUCCUCGCUCACCAGCCCAGGCAUGCGGGACAAACGUUAGCCACGCGGCCGCCGCAGCCAAAGCGGUUCCAGCGAACGAGUUCCCGGUCGCUCCUGCGGAACUCAGAUCGCCAGACGAGAACUGCCACGUCCACGGCUGGGGCGGCAGAGCCGUCCAGCCUGUGGUCAGGCUGGGAAACAGGGCAGUGGUUUCGGGGCUGA